AUGCCCCGAGUUCGCGUUAGUUCAAGCCAAAAUUGCCAUGAGAAGGAAGGUCGGCUCCUACUGGCUGUACAGGCUAUUAAAAAAAAGGAGAUUACAUCAAUACGCGAGGCAGCACGUCGCUUCAAUGUGCCUGAAUCUACACUACGUACGCGACUACGCGGGACUACAAAUCGCGCCGAAUCUCGCGCAAAUGGCCAUAAAUUGACUGAGAUUGAAGAGGAAGUGCUUAAGCAGUGGAUUCUCUCUUUAGAUCUACGCGGAGCAGCUCCUACAAAAGCUCAUGUACGAGAAAUGGCUAAUAUUCUGCUUGCAAAGCGUGGUUCCACCCCAAUCCAGACUGUCGGCCAGAAAUGGGUAUAUAAUUAUACUCAACGCCACCCGGAGCUUGAGUCUCGCUUGUCAAGGCAAUACGACUGCCAGCGAGCAAAGCAAGAGAACCCAAAGGUUAUUCAAGCAUGGUUUAACACCGUACGAGCCACAAUCGAACAAUACGGGAUCCUACCGGACGAUAUCUACAACUUUGAUGAGACUGGCUUUGCAAUGGGCCUUUGUGCACAUCAGAAAGUGAUUACCAAGUCAGAAUCAUGUGGCCGAAGACCAGUUCUACAGCCAGGAAACCGUGAAUGGGUUACUGCAAUUGAGUCAAUCAGUGCUUCUGGAUGGGCACUUCCACCAACACUUAUCUUUAAGGGCAAGCAGUAUAACCAAGCAUGGUUUACAGGCCUUCCGCCCGACUGGCGAUUUGAAAUCAGUACAAAUGGAUGGACAACUAAUGAAAUUAGCCUUCGCUGGCUUCAGAAGCAAUUUAUCCCGUCAACAGAGCAUCGUACGCGCGGAAGAUAUCAACUUCUAGUUCUUGAUGGCCAUGGAAGCCAUCUUACACCAGAGUUUGAUCAAAUCUGUACAGAUCAUAAUAUUAUACCACUCUGCAUGCCGGCACAUUCCUCCCAUCUUCUACAACCACUUGAUAUUGGAUGUUUUGCAGUUAUGAAGCGCUCGUACGCCAGCUUGGUUGAUCAGAAAAUGCGGCUUGGCAUCAGCCAUAUUGACAAACUUGAUUUCCUUGCAGCCUAUCCACAAGCUCGAAUCAGCACAUUUAAGCUGGAUACAAUCAGAAACAGUUUUCGAGCAGCAGGACUAGUGCCAUUGAAUCCUGAACCAGUGCUUUCAAAGCUUAGUAUUCAGGCUCGUACGCCUACACCCCCUGGAAGCCCUCAUGAUAAUGGUCUGUCUGUACAAGAGGCUACAGAGCUCGAGGAAGCUCAUAAUGCGUCUUUUCAGGCAAUACCUGGUCCAUGCGGGCCACCAGCAGAAGGUGCACAAACACCAAAGGCACGGGCAUUACCUACAUGUAUGCUGCACACCAAAGAGCUCGAUCAAAGAGGCCGGAAAAAGCGAAAUAUAUGCACUAGCAAAUGCACCGUACAGGAUAGUAAACACGAUAAAGAGUCCGUCAGCACUAGACUUCGGCACGCCGGCGUCUGGCGUGUGAAACAUGGAUGGAAUCCAAAAGGCGAAGACGGCCACAGCGCUCAGCAGCGUCGUGACAACCAGGGCGUUGAUGCGUCCGUAUCGGUCGGCACCGUAGCCGAUGGCGAUGCGCGACACGAAAUUAGACGCGUUGUUCAGAGUAAUGAAGUUAGCCGCUGUCGUGGGACUGUAGCCUAG